AUGGAGAACAAUACAACCAUCUUUCAAGAAGUCACUCAGGUUGUAAAUCGGACAGAAAUACCUCUGAACCCUCCUGAAGAGCAGAUCAUAACAAUAUGUUUGAUAAUGCUCAUCUGUAUUGUUGGGAUUGCUGGGAACAUCAUGGUGGUGCUGGUUGUGCUGCGCACUAAACACAUGGUGACCCCGACUAACUGCUACCUCGUCAGUCUGGCUGUCGCAGACCUCAUUGUGCUCCUGGCUGCAGGGCUGCCGAAUAUCUCUGAUGUUGUAGCCUUCUGGAUAUACGGAUACUCAGGCUGCUUGUGCAUAACUUAUCUUCAGUACCUGGGCAUCAACGUGUCGUCCUUCUCUAUCACAGCCUUCACCAUCGAACGAUACAUCGCUAUUUGUCACUCCAUAAAGGCACAAAUGAUAUGCACCGUUUCCCGGGCCAAGAGGAUCAUAGCUGCAGUCUGGGUCUUUACCUCCCUCUACUGCAUCAUGUGGUUCUUCUUAGUGGACACAAACAAAACCGUCUACACCAACGGAGUGGUCGUCACAUGUGGCUACCGAGUCUCCAGGAACUUCUACAUGCCGAUCUAUUUCCUGGACUUCUCUUUGUUCUAUGUGAUCCCCCUCAUUGUGGCCAUUGUCCUCUACGGUCUCAUCGCCCGGAUUCUGUUCAUGAGCCCUUUGCUUUCGCACAUGAACGACGGAGGAGGGUCGGUUCACCAGGGUCACUCCAGGAGCACUAACCAGGUCAACAAGGGCAACAAGGGAAACAAGGGUGCGGUUUCUGCAAGGAAACAGAUAACAAAGAUGCUGGCUGUGGUGGUCGUCCUCUUCGCCGUGCUCUGGAUGCCUUAUCGAACACUGGUGGUGGUCAACUCAUUUAUUGACCCACCUUACCACAACACCUGGUUCUUGCUCUUCUGCCGUAUUUGCAUCUACACCAACAGUGCCAUCAACCCCAUCAUUUACAACCUCAUGUCUCAAAAGUUUCGCGUCGCGUUCAAAAAGCUCUGCAAGUGCAACUGGCGACACAAGGGCAAGGCGGCAGAGUACAAUGUGCCAAUGUACUACGGCGUGAUAAAGGACGUAUCCCAUGAGAGCAACGACCUGGUCACAGAGCAGGAGGAGGUGAGCGUCCAAACCCACAGACGGUGCAACAAAAUGGUUGCCAACGCGAGCACUUUCAGCAUUUCUUAA